AUGGCCGCAGUCAGAGCGCUCGUCCUCGCGUGCGUGCUCCUCCUCGUGUCGACGUCCGCCUUGGCGCAGCGUGGUCCGCCUGGCGGAGGUCCUCCCGGCGGUCAGCGCGGAGGCCCUGGCGCCGGUUCCGGCGGACCCGGCGGACCCGGCGGUCCCGACGGUCCCGGUGGUCCCGGCGGUCGCGACGGUCCCGGCGGGCCUGGCGGACCGCGCGGUCCUCCGCUGAACCUCACCGCCGUCGGGAAUCUGACGGCCGAUAUCGGCGCGCAGCUCGCCAACUGCACCGUGGAUCAGAAAACCCUCAACGGCAGCUUCCACCUCGCCGUCUUCAAGAAUUCUACCGGAAAUUACAACCUUCUCGUCGAAGCUCUCCUUGUCGAUGCGGCGGGCGGUCCGCCCGACUCGCUGGCGAUCGUGAAGGGCGCCGUGUGCGACGCCACCGCGACGGACGUGCUCGCGCUGCCGCUCGCCGCGGCGGACUGGCAGCAGCGCGCGGGGUGGUGGCUGCUGCACGCGGAGGCGCGCCUCGACGCGUUCCUCGAGAACGCGGACGCCGCCACCCUCGACGCGCUGCUCGCCGUGCUCCCCACCGCCUCGCCUCCGCCCACCAGCAGCGGCGGCGCGCGCAACGGCGGAGGCAGCAGCGCCGGCGGAGGCGGCGCCAGCGGGGGCAGCGCGGGGGGCGCGCGGAACGGGCAGGGCGGGAGGCGCAUGGGGCGGGAGCUGCUGAUGGGAUCAUUCGGCCGCGCGGCCAGGCAGGGGGGACAGAAGCAGGGGGGACAGAAGCAACAGGGGGGAGCGCAGCAGGCGCCUGCAGUGAGCGGGUAUGCUGUGCUGGCGGGCAGCAGCGCAGCAGUCAUUGCCGCCGCUGCUGCUGCUGGUUUGGGCGUUGGAACCCAGCAUGUUGCAGCUGCUCUGGAUCAUGGGCAGCUGGAGUAG